AUGGCGAGAGGUAUUUAUCAAAGUCAACCACGACCUAGGAUCACUAAUUACUGCUCCGACACAUCUUCGAGCUCGAGGGAAUCGGAGGAUUGGAAUGAAGACGAGAAUGGAGUGCGGUUUGCAUGCUUGGAGGGUCUGCCAAUUGAAGAGCAGUCGGGCAGCAAACACAGAACACGAUGGGUCCAGCGCCUCUCCACCGACCGUCUGAACCCCGAAGCAUCACCUUACGACUCGGACAACAAGUAUGAGAACCAAGUCCUGGGAUCGUGCGGCGCUAUCCUCGUCCGCUCCGAGUUAAUGUCGGAUCCUAUACAAGACUUCAAGACCCUCGCUGCUAACGCCGAAGAAAGCACACGUCACGCUGUCAAGCACCUCUUCAACACCUCAGAUCGGUGUCUACGAGAAGAGUUCAGGAAUCAGGGGAUUUGGGGCUCUGACAGUGACGACCCUUGGGUGCUCGUCUUUGAACGUCUAUAUGUCUCGCUCUGGGCUCGGCGUCACGGCUGGGCGUCGAAGCUGGUCACACGUCUCCUUGAAGAGGUCGUCGAUAUGGCGAGACGGGCACAUAAAGCAGUCGUCGUACUUACCAUGCCUUUUGCGCCUGAGAAGGAGGUGAAGGGCGGAGCCGUGAGUUGGGAGGAAGGGCUGCGUAGUGCUAGGGCGUUCUGGAGGAGUCUUGGGUUCGUGAGGAUGGGAGAGACGUUGUUCUUCGGAUGGACGAGGAAUGUACAAUGUGUAGAUAAGACGGUGUGUUUCAAGAAUCCCGUGCAGGAGGAGGAUUUAGACUAUGACAGCGACGUCGAUGGGCGAGUGGGGAAUUCGAAGCUAUUGUUGAGGUGA